UUUGACCAGUUUCAGAAUGUGACUGUUCCAGAGAAACUGGAUUGUUUUAUAACCAGAUAUGCAGAGCACAUCCAUGAGAAGUGGUGUAUAGAAAAGUUUUCCAAUGGCUGGUCAUAUGGAGACCAGAUGUGUGAAAUCAGCAAGAACCAUCCACUCCUGAAACCAUACAAAAGCCUGUCUGAAAAGGAUAAAGAGACGUACUGCUGGCCCAUCAGAGAGUCUCUGAAGACCAUGCUUUCAUGGGGUUGGAGCAUUGACAGGAUCAGAGAGGGAGACUCUGUCAACCUUCACAACAAGCCCAGAAGGAUAUCACAGGCCAGUCAGCUUUCUUUUGAAGGAGCUUCAGCUUUCAGUCCAAGACCCACUGAUAUGAGUAAUGUGACAUUGUCCAGAGACUUGCAGUCAAUGGCAGAGCUGCUUGCAGAGAAUUAUCAUAAUAUCUGGGCCAGGAAAAAGAAACUGGAGCUGGAAGCCAGAGGUGGAGGAAACCACCCACUGAUGGUUCCUUACGACACAUUGACUGCCACACACAUUGUUUUACUUUAUUGUUUUUAACUUAUUUACUGUGCAGCACUUUGGUCCUGUGCUGGGUAUUUUAAAGUGCUAUGUAUCAUUAAGUUGUAUUGGAUUUGAGUACAAUUAGAGGAUGCAAAGGUUUCUAGCACUUUUCUGUGGGGUGGCUGUUAGGAUUGAUAUUUUUUACAUUGUCAUUUGUGUUUAGAAACAUAUAAUCAUUUGUUUGCUGAUAAAAUAUCUUAUCCUUAUUAGGUCUGUUAAGAUUCUGUGUGCACUUGUGUACCAUGAGAUGAGAGGAAGCAGCCUCGACGUUAUAAUUUCCAUUAUAGCUUUAGAAACCAGACUGUUCUGUUUCUUAAAGUGCAAGACCUUUCACACCUUUAAAUGACCUAUCGCAAGUUCCUGUUUUUAUAGUUUAGCAAGACGCUUACUUCUGCUUUUCUGCAUACCUCAUACACACAGUUUAAGUUCAUUGAAAGGUCGUAUGUCUAUGUAUGGUAUGUAUGGUUGGUUAAUUGUGCAUCUGUUUGUUAACCACACUGUAAAUAAACGCAUU